CCCGCUCCCCCCAAGCCUCGAUCUCUCCUCCUCCCUCCCGCAACGACCAACGACGACCCCCAUGCCCAUAGCCAUGCAGCCCGCGCACGCAUCGUCGUCGCCGGGGGAGGGGGACGACAACCAACCGCUGCCGGAGCCCGACAAUCCUACGGCGGCCAACGCGGAUGCGGAGAUGAAGGAAGUUACGGAGGAGGAGGCGCCUGCGGCGGUUGAGGUCCAGGAGGAGGUCAAGAACCAAGAAGAGGAAGAUGGGGACGAGACCAAGGGCGAGGAGGAGGAGGAGCAGAGCGGCCGGGGCAAGAAGCGAGGGAGGGGCGGCGGCGGGGCCAGGGAGCUGCAGGUCAUGGUGAAGCGGGAGCUGCUCGCCGCCUGCAUGACGUGCCACAUCUGCAACCGCCUCCUCCGCGACGCCACCACCAUCUCCGAGUGCCUCCACACCUUUUGUAGAAAGUGCAUAUACAAGAAGUUCAAUGAUGAGGAGGUAGAAUCCUGCCCAAAAUGUGGGAUUGAUCUCGGCUGCACUCCAGUUGAGAAGCUUAGAGCUGAUCACAGUCUACAAGAUGUAAGAUCCAAAAUUUUCCCAUUCAAACGCAAGAAGAUCAACGCUGAAGAUGCUGCAUCUCCUAUUUCACCUCCCAAUAAAAUAAAAGAGAGAUCUAUCUCUUCAUUAGUGGUGCCUACACCUAGAUUAACACCGACAGGAUCGACUGGGCGGCGGUCAAGGGUAGUUACCAGGAAAGCUGCUGCUGCCUUGCGUGGAGUUGGUCCUACUACUGACAAUCCUGUGAAAAAGGAAAAUGAUUCCAGUGACAAGAAUGCUCAUAGCUCAAGCGUGCCUGCUAAUUUGGGCAAAGUGCCGAAAACAAAAAGACAGAUUUUAUCAACUGAGGACACACCAAACCAUUCCUCCACUAAAGAUACUGAAGAUGAUAGUAAGGACAUGGCAGAUAACGCCGAGCUCUGGAGACCUUUGAAUUGUCUGGUAGAAGCUGCAAACAGGACAAAGUCCAUUAGGUCGAGUUUACAGAGUUCAGCUGUUAAAAGAGAGAAGCUUAAUGGUUCUCCCAGUAGUACAUAUGGUAACAAAACAAAGCUAAAAGAGCAUCUGAAGAAAUCCAAACUGGAGGAUGAUAAGAAAGAUGCUCCAGUUACACCAGCGAGACUAAAUAAGAAACUUCAAGGGACUGUGCGGAGAAAGAGAGGACUUCGAGCCCCGGUAGAUGUGAAACCUGAUGGUGCACUUACGCAGAACAUGAAGAGAUUCAGCUCCAUAUGGUUUUCGUUGGUUGCCUCAUUCGAACAGAAAGGAGACCCGCCUUUGCCACAGAUUUCUUCACACUAUCUGCGCAUAAAAGAUGCGAAUAUACCUGCUUCGUCUAUCCAAAAGUACCUGGUGCAGAAACUCAGUCUCCCGAGCGAGUCCGAGGUAGAAGUAAAUUGCUGUGGGCAGCCAGUGGACCCUGCACAACCUCUGCGCAAUUUAGUAGAGCUGUGGCUGAAGGGGCGAUCGACGCAGGCAACACAGGCCACCGUAGGCUCCCCUGCAGAAGAUUUCGUAAUGGUGCUAACCUACGGACGGCCGAAGGCCAUGGCAUCAUGAGUACACCGCGUAUAUUUCAACCCAUUUGGCCAUUUCCUUUCGACUUAAGGUGGGGUCCCAUUGAUUCUUCUAUAGCCAGCCAUUUGCUGGGCCGAUGGAAGAGGCCAUCGGAAGAUGAACUCCCCGCUGAUACAUAGCCGCCUCGCAUUGUGGCUGGCUCCCGAGGCAGCCAGCCCUCGGCGACAUAUUCAUGUAUUCAUUGAUGUUUGUAGAUGCUGCUGCUGUUUGAUUCUAUUAUGAUGUAUUUUUUUCUCUUAUUUAUUUAUUAUACACCAAAGAUAGAUGAAAUGUGAUGU